AUGAAAGAGGUGGCAGCUGGAGGUAAAAUUACCAGUGUCACGUUCCAGUGGGCACGUGCUGGUAAAAUGUACACUUUACAGGGCUCUCGGGUGGUGCACCACGGUGGUGGUGAGAGCCCCUACCGGCCAGUGGUGGGGGAUUUGAAGAUGGCGCCAGACCAGGGUAAGUUUUUCUACGAGAUUAGGACCAACAACGACAACUGCAAGCUUGGCGUGUGCGUCGCGGACGCGUUUCAAACGGAUAAUGAGUUGCGGAACGUGGAGCUCGGCACGAGGUAUGAUCCCUCCACGCGCAACAAACUGCCUUCCCCCACCAAGUGCUGGGUGCUGAACUGCCAGACCUCUGCGGUGGAGGUGAACGGGGAGGAGCGGAAGAGGCUCUGGCGCUUAUUUGUCCCUGUAUCGGGUGCACGCUUCGGGUUUCUCGUAGACACGAAUACGGGGGUUGUGCAGUUGUACGUGAAUGACGAGUACCAGGGUAUUUUAUUUGACGAGACGCUGGAACUAAAGGGCAAAGCACUUUGUCCGUGCAUUGGACUGGCAGGGAUGGACAUGAAUAACCGGAACAUUGGCGCUGGAAACAAGAGCGCCUGUGUGAGCCUCGCGAAGCGAUGUCCUGUGGGUGGGGUGUGA